AUGCCGGUUGUGAUUUCAUAAUGUUGUCUUAGAAACCCUACCCCUGCUUAUAUUUCAAAUCUGUGCUGUGCAGGGGUGCUAAACGAAUGGUCUUGCUGAUUGAUCUUGCAUUGCAGGUAUUGCCAGUACCAGUAACUACAGCUAUAGUGCACGACAUGUCUCUAGAGACAGCACAUCUUGAGGAGGCAGAGGCGGUGUGUGUGAAGAUGGAGCCCGGAGAGGUGUGUGUGAAGGAGGAGCGGCAGUGUGAGGACAGCGUGUUGUGCGGAGUGAGCGCGGCGGCCGCACGGGCCGGUCUGUAUGUUGAUCAUGUGGUCAAGGACGAGCUCGUGCUGGGCCCCGAGGAGUGGCACCGCCCUCAAGUGCUCCCUUUACAAGUGUGUUCGGACGGCAGCGUCGCCCGCGCCAGGGAACAGCUCGCGAUGGCUUGUUCCGUGGUGCUCGAGCGCCUCCGCGACGACGCGACUGUUCACAAAUGCAGCUACUGUGAUUGCAAAUUCAGUCUCAAAUCAUCCUUAAAAGCACACCAGAAGAUACACACCAGAGAGAAACCGUACACUUGCAGUCAUUGCGACUACAAGUUCAGUCAAAGUUCAGACUUACGAAGACAUGAAAGGACACAUACUGGCGAGAAGCCUUUUCAGUGUAGCCGCUGUGAUUACAAAUUUAGUCGGAAGUCACAGUUACAACAACACCUGAAGAUACAUACUGGGGUGAAGCCAUUUCAGUGUAGCCACUGUGAUUACAAAUGCAGCCAAAAGUCAAACUUACAAAGACAUUUGAGGAUACAUACUGGGGCGAAGCCAUUUCAGUGUAGCCGCUGUGAUUACAAAUGUAGUCAGAAGUCACACUUACAACAACACCUGACGAUACAUACUGGAGCGAAGCCAUUUGAGUGUAGCCACUGUAAUUUCAAAUGCAGUCGGAAGUCACACUUACAACUACACCUGACGAAACAUACUGGAGCGAAGCCAUUUAAAUGUAGCAUCUGCGACUACAAGAGCAAUCGGAAAGAACACUUACUAGUUCACCAAAGAAUACACACCAGAGAGAAGCCAUAUACAUGUAGUCAUUGCGACUACAAGUGCAGUGAUAGUUCAACCUUACGAAGUCAUGAAAGGACACAUACUGGGGCGAAGCCUCACCAGUGUAGCGACUGUGAUUACAAAUGCAGUCAGAAGUCAGACUUACAACGACACCUGAUGAUACAUACUGGGGCGAAGGCAUUUCAGUGUAGCCACUGUGAUUACAAAUGCAGUCAGAAGUCAUACUUACAAAGACACCUGAUGAUACAUACUGGGGUGAAGCCAAUUCAGUGUAGCCACUGUGAUUACAAAUGCAGUCGGAAGUCACACCUACAUCUACACCUGAUUAAACAUACCGGGGCGAAGCCAUUUCAAUGUAGCCACUGUGAUUACAAAUGCAAUCAGAAGUCAGACUUACAACGACACCUGAUGAUACAUACUGGGGCGAAGCCAUUUCAGUGUAGCCACUGUGAUUACAAAUGCAGUCAGAAGUCACACUUACAACGACACCUAAUGAUACAUACUGGGGCGAAGCCAUUUCAGUGUAGCCACUGUUAUUACAAAUGCAGUCAAAAGACAGACUUACAACGACACCUGAUGAUACAUACUGGGGCGAAGCCAUUUCAGUGUAGCCACUGUGAUUACAAAUGCAGUCAAAAGACAGACUUACAACGACACCUGAUGAUACAUACUGGGGCGAAGCCAUUUCAGUGUAGCCACUGUGAUUACAAAUGCAGUCAGAAGUCUGACGUACAAAGACACCUGAUGAUACAUACUGGGGCGAAGCCAUUUCAGUGUAGCCACUGUGAUUACAAAUGCAGUCGGAAGUCACACCUACAACUACACCUGAUUAAACAUACCGGGGCGAAGCCAUUUCAGUGUAGCCACUGUGAUUACAAAUGCAAUCAGAAGUCAGACUUACAACGACACCUGAUGAUACAUACUGGGGCGAAGCCAUUUCAGUGUAGCCACUGUGAUUACAAAUGCACUAAUAAAUCGAAUUUAAAAAAACACCAGAGGAUACACACUCGAUAAAAGCCAUGUACAGUAGAAUCCGCUUAUAAUGACAUCAAAGGGAAGUGACAAACACGUCAUACUAAGCGGAUGUCAUAUAAAACAUAGUUGUAUAACUUCUUAUUUUUGUUAUGUUUUCCAAAUUAAUCUCAAAUUCCUUUGUGAUAAAUGAGCUUUAUUAAAUUUGUAACAAAUAUUAACUUGUCACUGAGAAUCAAAACUAAAAUACCUUACACGCCACGAACGCACCAAACGUCCUAGCAGGGAAAGACAUGGUGACGGCCACAAAAACCAGCGAAUGUGUCAGUAUAACCGGACAUAAUUUCAUGGAAAUAGGAUUUUUAGGUCAUAGUAAGCGAUUUGUCACUAUAAGCGAAGUCAUCUUAUCCAAAUUUGUCAAAAAGAAUUUUAUGUGAAAACCAAACUUCGCACUGUAAUUACGUCAUAGUAAGCGGUUGGUCAGUAUAAGCGGAGUCAUAAUAAACGGAUUCUACUGUACCAUGUAUUCGUCGUGAUUACAAAUUCAGCGAUAAAUCCAACCUGCGAUGUCACCAGAAGACGCAUGGGACGAAUCUUAAAAAGCAAUAAUAGCGACUACAAGUGCAGCCUGAAACAGCACCUGCGGAGACACCAGAUGAGACGCGGAAGAGAACCCUUACUAUAGGGAUCGUUCGCGGCGGAGGGUAUGUCGCCUUUUGUCCUAAAUCAGAAAGUUAAACCUGACAUUGACACACACUUAAUAUUAAAAUACAGUGGUGAAAUAUAUUAGUGUCGAUCCGCUAGUUAGUGCAGUGAGUGAGCGCUGGGGGCGAAGUGGUCAGGGCUGUUAUUGCGAAAAUCGCAGUUUGCAAAUUGCGGGCAUCUUUCUCUGUCCCUCUAAUUACACCUUAAUUAAAGUAAGCGAGAAAAUUACCCGCAAUCUGCGGAGUUCGGUGUUCGCGGUAGGCCCUCAGCCAUGUGGUGACCUCCGGCUCGGAGCAGGUUGUGGGCUCAAACUCCAGUCGCCAUCAGAUAUAUCGGAGCGGCCAACGUGCUCACAAAUAUCUGAACGCGCCUCUAUCUAUUGUUAGAGUGCGUGUUCAGAUAUUAUUGAGCACCUAAGACAGCUCCUAUAUGGCGACUGUACAUCACUUGAUACUUACUAGUUCCUUUGUAGUUUGCUUGCUGGAGGAAAAUAUCUCAAAUGAACCUACAUAUUAAAGUUAUUGCGAGGGCUGCCAUGAGAACAAUAACCCUAACCCUCUUAUGCAGUGAGAUCUACAUCUCUCCCGCUCUUGCUAUAUUGGAGUGACAGAGAUGGAGAUAAUCUAUACUUAGAAUUCUCGAAGGUCGC